AUAUAUAACCUUGCAGUCGGCUAACUUGCACGAGUCACUCACAGGGACCACUUUGCAGGUUUAUAGUGAGAAGAGAUCAUCGCAGUUGAGAAGUAGCAAUCUUGAGUUACGAUAUUAUUAAUUCCUUUUAUAAAUCCCAGAAUACCACAGCAACAAUAUGCGUGAAUGUAUCUCCAUACAUGUUGGCCAAGCCGGAGUCCAGAUGGGCAAUGCCUGCUGGGAGCUCUACUGCCUGGAGCACGGUAUCCAGCCUGAUGGCCAGAUGAAUGGCGAAAACGCUGUUGGAUCAACUGAUGAUUCCUUUACCACCUUCUUCAGUAACACUGGAGCUGGGAAACAUGUGCCCAGGGCAAUCUUUGUGGACCUGGAGCCCACUGUGAUCGAUGAGGUUCGCACUGGUACCUACCGUCAGCUGUUCCACCCUGAGCAGCUUAUCACUGGCAAGGAGGACGCUGCUAACAACUACGCCCGCGGGCACUACACCAUCGGCAAGGAGAUCAUCGACUCUGUUUUGGACAGGAUCCGUAAACUGGCUGAUCAGUGCACAGGUCUGCAGGGUUUCCUGGUUUUCCACAGUUUCGGUGGUGGAACUGGUUCUGGUUUCACCUCCCUGUUGAUGGAACGCCUCUCUGUUGACUUUGGUAAGAAGUCCAAACUGGAGUUUGCUGUCUACCCAGCUCCCCAGAUCUCCACAGCUGUUGUUGAGCCCUACAACUCAAUCCUGACCACCCACACCACCCUGGAGCACUCCGACUGUGCCUUCAUGGUAGAUAAUGAGGCUAUCUAUGAUAUCUGCCGCAGGAACCUGGACAUCGAGCGCCCGUCCUACACCAACCUGAAUCGUCUCAUCAGCCAGAUUGUCUCCUCCAUCACCGCCUCCCUGCGAUUUGAUGGUGCCCUGAAUGUUGACCUGACAGAGUUCCAGACCAACCUAGUGCCCUACCCCCGUAUCCACUUCCCACUGGCCACCUACGCCCCAGUUAUCUCCGCUGAGAAGGCCUACCAUGAGCAGCUGUCGGUUGCUGAGAUCACCAACGCCUGCUUUGAGCCGGCCAACCAGAUGGUGAAAUGUGACCCCCGUCACGGCAAGUACAUGGCCUGCUGCCUGCUGUACCGUGGAGACGUGGUGCCCAAAGAUGUCAAUGUAGCUAUUGCUGCCAUCAAGACCAAGAGAAGCAUCCAGUUUGUGGACUGGUGCCCCACUGGUUUCAAGGUGGGAAUCAACUACCAGCCUCCCACUGUGGUGCCCGGAGGUGACCUGGCCAAGGUUCAGAGGGCCGUGUGCAUGCUGAGCAACACCACUGCCAUCGCUGAGGCCUGGGCCCGCCUGGACCACAAGUUCGACCUGAUGUACGCCAAGCGUGCCUUCGUCCACUGGUACGUGGGGGAGGGUAUGGAGGAAGGAGAGUUCUCUGAGGCCCGAGAGGACAUGGCUGCCCUGGAGAAGGACUACGAAGAGGUUGGCAUUGACUCCUUUGAGGAAGAGGAGGAAGGAGAAGAGUACUAAAAAAAGACCCCUGGGCUCAGGCAUGGAAGGAGGGUUGCUAGAUUUGCCAAAUACCUGAAGUCCACAGGAAGCAUCCCACCCCCAAUUCAUGGUCACUACUUCUAAUCUGUUCUAUGUUCUGAACAAACUUUCACAAUAAAACAAUUUGGUUCUGAUAAACAACCACUGCCAGUUUUUAUAAAGCACAUGCCCUUAUAAGCAAUGAGAGAGCUCUGUAUAUAGGAUCUUGUGUAUUGGCUGACUGGAAUAGCAUUUACAUUUCAGAUGGUGUAAACAUAUGUCAACUAUGUGAUAAUGUAGAAUAACCAGACCACAUCUAUUAUACAGCAUAUCUGUUGGUUAUAAACCUGUAUGUAAUAAUGGUAUAUGGAUGGUUAAUUGAUAUAAAUGCUAAUGUUAAUGCCGCAUGGAUAUCUAGUAACUAACUAUUAGAAUACUCAAAUCAAGUUAUUUAAUGCCAAGUGCUUGGUUGCCCAGAAAAGUUUGAUUUAUGAUACUGUCUGUAUGCUUGUAUAAUGUAUUACUGCCGUUGUAAGCAAUAUAGGUGAGUUUUUAUUUUUAUUUUCUUGGUCUCGGCCAAUGGCAAUCCCAGAUUUUUUAUUUUUUACUUGAACACGCAUUUUGGUUCAGAAAGUCAUAAGAAUGCAGAAUUGUUUAAAAAAAAAUAAAGGGAUUAUUUUUUACUUUUUUGGCCUUUACGUUUUUUUACUAAUUUCUCCCCCUACUGCUUUCCAAAGGGCAAUGCAAUGAAAAAAAGGCAAUACACCAGGUUAAUGUUCAUUAUUAUUUAGUGACCUUCCUUUUGCUAUCUCCGUUUGCCAUGAGUCGCACAUGUUAACAUGCAGGAAACCUGUGGGGUGCUGAACCCUUACUUGGGAGUUUAUUUAUAUUUUGGUGGGGCUUUUGAAAAAGCUGUUUUCAUUGUUAAGUGCAAUAUUUUAUUUUGGUAAAAUGUUCGUGCAUACAGAAACCAUGUGACUGUUUUAAAAGCCCUUAUUUUUGUAAAUAAACAUGUUUAACCCAAAUGA